UUACCUAGGCACUAUAGUACAGUGCACUUCAUCUUUCUUGUAUUUAGGCAAUAUAUCUCUCCAACAAAUUUAGCACAUGUCAUUUUCACAGUGUUUACAAUCGGAUUAUUUCUCUCACUAUUUACUGAAGAAAUGACUGUAAACAUACUGCUCCUCGGCGUUGUAACAGCACUAUUUUCAGAAGAAAUUUAUUUGGGCGAGGCAUUGACAUGUCUACAUUGUAAUGGUGUUUAUCAGCCAAGACAUUGUCGAGCAGUUGUUGAUUGCUUCAAAGGAGAAUUGUGUGGAGUUGAAAAGGUGCUAAACAACUACGGGGACUUUGUGUACAAUCUUGGCUGUGUAUCUGCAGCGGAAUGUAGCAACAAUCAUGCCGUAAACAAAAGCAACACGGAGGCGUGCAGAAAUUGCUGCGAGUCGGAUCUGUGCAAUUCUGAAGGUUGUGGAGAGCCAGGUUAUCCCGUGUCAAGAGGCCCUGUCUGUUACAGCUGUUCAGUUUAUAGAGAAGGCCGACACUGCCACAACAUAGACUUUUGCAAAAUUGGAGAGAUGUGCCUAUUUCAAGAAACAGUAGAAUUUGGAGACUCGAUUAUAACAGUUCAAUGUACCAAUGCGCAUUCCUGUCAGGAAAAAGACCAUUCUAUACUAGUGGGAAGAAAUGCAGAUUACAAACAAAUGGAUGCACGGACAACAGAACAACAUAUUUGCGAGGCAUGCUGCUCUGACGACCUCUGUAACAAAGACUGCAAUACUGCUCAUAAAUCUGGCAAUACCUUUGCCGUUGAAACUACCUCAUCAACAUUACCCACAACUACUAAAAGCACAAUGUGGACAACUAAAAAACCAACAGCUGUAACAACAACAACAACAACAACAACAACAACAGCAACGACACGAUCAAGUAAAUCUCCGUAUAUAACUACAACUACACCUUCAACGGGUCAUUCUUUUCAAUCCACAACAUUUGGUGUUAUACCUACUACGGUCAUUGGUGGUAAUAGCGUUCUUGCUAUAUUCGGACCAGAUAUAGUUACAUACAUGCGCUUUAAUAUAACACGUGUUGUCCGUGGCAAAGACUGGAAAUGGGGUGAACAGGACGGCCAUACAGCUGGAACAAUAACAAAGUGGGAUAGCACUCCACAUUGGGUAGAUGUUGAAUGGGACAGCGGUAGCAGUAACAGCUACAGAAUGGGGGCUGAAGGUGGAAAGUAUGACCUAUAUAUAGUGUCACUUUAAAAAAGAAGAAAAAAUAAAGUAUGUAAAGAAAUUGAUCAU